CGAGCGAGCGCGCAGGGUGCGAAACAGAGAAGGGGAGAAAUCUCACGUCUGGCCCCCGAUCGGGCUGCGCAAAGGGACUCUUUCUGGCCAGCCUCUCCCUCUGCCUGUCUGCUUGCCCUGCCAAUUCGCGCGCUUCGCGGAGCGCACGGAUCGGUAGCUAGCUAGGCAGCUGGAAGGAAGCGAUCGCCGACGCCUCCAGCCCGACGUCCUUCGUCGUGGCAUCUGGGUUGCUUCUCGCCCCCGCCCUCCGCUGCUGACUUCUUGUCGUUUUCUCUUUUUCCCCUUCAGCGGAGCUGAUCUGGCCCGAAGAACCCCGACGGCGAUAGCAAGCUCUGGCAGAGUGACUGCGGACGCCGCCGUCUUGUUCUCAGCGGAGAAGGGAGACACGCCUCCCUCAGUUAAAAAGCGAGGGACUUCGGGUUUCGCUGCUCUUUAGAGCCAGAGGGUGCUGGAACUCCCACGUGGAUUUUGGAGCGAAGGAAAUAAAAGGCGGCUGUUUCUGGGAAGCCCCUCUUCGCCUUGGAUCGGUGGUGAGGGACUUCUUCGCAGGUUGGAAACACAAAGUCCCUAUGCAGGAUCGAUGCCGGAGAAGCCACCGGGAUCAAGCCUGGGUUUCUCUGUGUGAAUGCUCUUGACCUCAUCGAGGCCUCCUUUCCUCUGCGUCAUCUGUGGGCCCCAGGAUGGACUCUGUGUGUAACAUUUCCAGUGGGGAAUGGUCAGACCUGGCCCUUCCCAGGGGGGCGAGGUACCAUCCCCGCCGCAUAGUGCGCAGAGUCGCAUCCCAGACUGUGACCAAGGUGAACCCGCCCAUAGGGAUCGCCUUUAUGACCAUCCUCUACUGUGCAGAGAUUACUUCUGCCUGUGUUGUGAGCUAUGCCUACAGCUGCUCCAAUGAUGUCUUCUGGCUCUCCCUGACUCUCCUCUUGAUGCUGAUACCUGCCGUCAUGGACCAGCUUGCCCUCAUCUUUGUGAACCGGGACCUGACUAGUGACCAGCCCUUUAUCCUAUUCAUGCACCUUGUGUUGCUGGGUCCUCUCAUCAGGUGCUUAGACGCCGUAGUGAUGUUCCACAGGUUGGGGAGGGAGGAAGAGCCCUACGUCACCAUCACUCGCAAGAAGCUGAUCCACAAGGACUCUGAGAUUGAGCUGGAGCAGGAAGUGGGUCAUCUGGUGCGCAGGCUGAUCACCCACCGCAACGCUUUCAAGCGCAUGGCUGUCAUCCAGGCCUUCCUGGGCUCUACUCCGCAGCUCACAUUGCAGCUCUAUGUCAGCAUUGUGGAGCAGAAUGUCCCCACCAGCAGAGCAGUCCUGAUGUGCAUCUGCUUGGUGUCGGUCACCUACGGAGCUUUGGUCUGCAACGUCCUGGCCAUCCAGAUCAAGUAUGAUGACUACAAGAUCCGCCUGCACCCGCUGGCCUUCAUCUGCAUCAUCCUGUGGCGUAGCCUGGAGAUCUCAACCCGCAUCACCAUCUUGGUCCUCUUUGGGAGCGUCUUCAAGCACUAUGCUAUGGCCAUUGGUGGGGCCAACUUCCUGCUCUUCUUCUUCUUGCCCUGGGUGCAGUUUUGGAUGAGUGGUGCCCAGCUACCUGACAAUGUGGAGAAGAACUUCAGCCGGGUGGGCACCCUCUCGGUCCUGUUCUCCAUCACUUUGCUUUACGCUGGCAUCAAUAUCUUCUGCUGGUCAGCUGUGCAGCUCAGGCUGGCUGACCGGGAAUUGAUUGCCAAGUCACAAAGCUGGGGAUGCAUGGUUCUCUACUAUGUGUUCCGAGGGCUGGAGAACAGUGUGCUGCUUGUCGUCUGGUACUUCUUCAUGACGGACGUCUACGAGUACUUCUGUGCCCCGUUUCUGGUGCUGCAGCUGAUUGUAGCCUACUGCUUGUCUAUCACCUUCAUGCUCUUCUUCAUGCAGUAUCUCCACCCCUGCCGCCGCCUCUUUACGCACAACGUCUCUGACUUCUUGCAAUGCGUCUGCUGUAAGCGGGACGAAGCACCCGAACCCCUGCAGCUUGAGCCCCCCUGGGAGCCUGGCGUGAAGCACACCAUAGUUUGAUGGGACAUAAGUUGAAAUCAAAUAAUAAACCAUUCUGCUAAAGGGAGGGGCAUGCCCCAUACCUGGCCUCAGCACCUGUUUGCCCUGAGGAAUCGGGUAUAAUUUUUCAACAAGGGGGCAUUGAAGGGAGUCAUAGUUGCCGGACUGGGCCUUCCAGAGCAUCAUCUGAACUGACAGAUCAAAUUGGGAUGGGCAAUAAGGGGGGCAAUUUCAAUUUCCUUAUCUGCCUGCAGAGCCUGGAGUAGUCUGCCUAGCACACUAAUGCAGCAGGGUCAGUUAUUACGGUCAGAAGGACUGUGUUGUCAUUUCUACAUGAUAACUGUUGACUGAUGUUAUGUCUGAUGUUCGAAGAAGAAAAAAAGCCUAGCUGAAGGAUACUCAGUUGGGUUGAACUCAUGAUUAGCUUAAGUAAGGGGAGAUCCUUUAGAAGGGUGGUUAAUGGGUCUUGCUGCGGCAGCCAUCUGUUUACACCACUGCAUCCACAUGGGCACCACAUGGGUCUGUCUUAGGAUGGAUAGAAUUGUGGCCCUGCAUUUUCAAGGAUAGUCCUGACAGUCGUGACAGCUGAGGCUCUAAGACUUGGUUGUCCUUUAGCACCCUUGGUGCUCCUCCACCGUUUGUAGUUCUGUGUUAAUUUAUAUGUUGAGUUGAGAAUAGACAUUUUAAAGUGUUUUUUUUCAUUUUUAAGGAAUUUGGCCUCUUUUUAUACUCUAGUUUCUUCUAUGCCAUUCAGAGCAGCAUGACCACAUGAUUGGUCAGCGAGUCCUGGGUAAGGAGUAGAGUCCAGGGGAGAAGGCAGCGAUGUGCCUUCAAACCCAUAGGAGUGCUGUAACCGAA